AUGAUUUCGCAAGCAUGGAGAACACUUGUGCCCAUCGCAUUGGUUAGCUCCACAGUAUCUGCCGCAUGCAGCGGUGAUGCGUGGGAUGUUAUUGUCGUUGGAUCCGGCCCAGCGGGAAUCGUAGUCGCAGACCGCAUGAGCGAGGCUGGAAAGAAGACACUUCUCCUUGAACAAGGAGGCCCAUCCUACCACAUCACUGGCGGGUCAGCAGGACCAAGCUGGCUGAACGAUACAGAUCUCAGCCGAGUUGACGUGCCUGGACUGUACAAAUCCAUCUUCAGCAUUCAAGAUGGUGGUCUCACAUGCGCAUCAGACAUUGUAAAUGCCUUCUCAGGGUGCACUGUCGGCGGAAGCAGCGCCAUCAACGCUGGGUUGUUCUUCCAGCCACCUGCCAGCGACUGGGAUACAUACUUCCCAGAAGGCUGGAAGAACUCGGACAUGCAAAGCGCAAUCAACAAAGUGUAUGCGAAGCAGCCGUCCACUGACACACCCUCCAAAGAUGGAAAGCGUUACUUGCAGAGCGGCUAUGAUGCUGCAAAGCAAUGGCUCGUUGAUGGCGCUGGGUACACCGAAACCGGGCUUAACGACGACUCUUGCAACCACACCAAGACAAAGAAGUUUGGCCACCCAAUCUACAGCUAUGAGGGUGGUCAGAGGAGCGGACCAGUCAAGACAUGGCUUCAGUCAGCUCUCGGGCGCGAGAACUUCUCGCUCAAGACUGGUGCGCGUGUUCUGCGUGUGAGCCGCGAAGGAGAAGUUGCCAAGGGCGUUGAAGUGCAAAGCACAGAUAACAACCUUGAAUACUGCAUCAAAGACGGUGGACAGAUCAUCCUGUCUGGAGGCGCCAUGCUAAGCCCUCAACUCCUCAUGUGGUCCGGCAUCGGUGACGCAGAGACCCUCACAAAGAUCUCAGCACAAGGCCUAGUGAAGACUCCUUCUCUAGACUGGAUCAACAACACCGCAGUGGGCGACAAAGUCUUCGAUAACCCGAACACCUUCAUUGAGCUCCACUCAGAAGCCAUCUCGUCAUACACCCAGAGCUACGCCGACCCGAUCCCAGCAGAUCGUGACCUGUACCUCAACGAGCGCUCGGGUCCCUACUCGUUCGCGUCACAAACCAGCGCAUUCUGGGACUACAUCGAGCAGGACGGUGCCACGGUCGGCUGCCAAGGCACGAUCGACUCCUCCGGCUACCAGGAAUACACACAGAACGGCACGAUUACUCUGAAUGUCUACGGCACAUCAGGACUGCGCUCUCAAGGCCGCGUGACUCUCGACGCCAGGGGUAUCGCGCUCCCCAACGCCAACUUCUACGCCGACAAGCGUGACGCCGAAGCUGUCGCCACCUUCAUCCACGGCAUCUUUGCUGCGCUGCCUGAGUCUCUGACGCCUCUUAACAUUGCCAAGAACUCGACGCUGGAGGAGUUGACGACAUGGUUGACCUCAUCCACCCCGUACACAAUGGGCAACGUGCAGCACUGGAGCAGCAGUUGCAGGAUGGAGUCGUGCGUAGAUGCCGACACCAAGGUCAUUGGAAUGCAGAACUUGUUCGUGGUGGACGCCUCGAUUAGUCCUCCGUUGACGACCAACCCUGCGAUGGGUACGAUGAUCAUUGCCGAGCGGGCUGUUGAGAGGAUAUUGGCUCUGAGCUCAUAAUUGUUUGCUUUCUCUCUCUCUCUCUCUCUCUCUCUAUAGCUUAGCAUUGCGUUGGCGUUGAUAGGGCUGGCUUCGUAGAUUAGAUAUGCAUAGGUGUGUCUAAAGUAAUUAUCAGAAAGUAUUCAAAUGUUC